AUGUCGGCCGAUGACCGAUUUGCAUGGGCCUCAGUUCCCUGGACGCCCGUCGCCGACGACGAGACGGGCAAAGCUAUUGGCUGGCGUAAGCAACAUGUUCCGUAUGUGGCAGGGGGUGUGUCGCUGCAGACCCUCGACGUUUGGAUCCCGGCUGGCCCCCCGUCUGAAGCCACCGUUAUUGAUGCAGCGUCGCUCCCGAGCCGCCCGGGCCAUUGGCUGGUCUUUGUCCACGGUGGCGCGUGGUGCGAUCCCGGGAUAAGCUCGUCGGCCAUCUCCGCCGCUGCAAAGCGCCUCCUACGAGGCACAGCCGACCCCGGCCCCGGCUCCGGCCCCGACCCCGGUCCCAGUCUCGAUUCCGUGGCUGGUGUGGCGUCGCUCAAUUACCGACUGUCGCCAAAUCAGGACCCGUCGUCGGACCCGGCCCGGCAGGCCAAGCACCCAGACCACAUCAGCGACGUCCUCGCCGGUAUUUCGUUUCUGCAGCGUCUGGGGGCCGCGACGGGUCCGUAUGUCUUGUCCGGCCAUAGCUGCGGUGCGAUGCUGGCUUUUCAGGCUGUCAUGGAUCCGGCGCGAUGGGGUCUGAGCAUCACCAUUGCGAAGCCCACUGUUUUGCUUGGCCUCAACGGACUCUACGACCUCGCGGGCUUCAUCGGGGACACGCCCCCAGGGUUCGAGUGGCUACGCGACGAUUAUGUGGUGUUCACGCGCAACGCCUUCGGUCACGACGAGAGUGUGUGGAAGACAGCGUGUCCUGCGACGGCCACAUGGUGGCCAGACGAAUGGAGUGAGGGAAGAAGGGUUGUGCUUGUCCAGAGCAGCGGGGACACUUUGGUGCCGUACAGCCAGCUCGAGAAAAUGAGGGCCUACCUCAAGAAGUCUCCCUCGCUGCAGGUAGACGAGAAAGAUGCGACAGGCGGGCAUGACGCGCUGUGGGUGGAAGGUGGCCGGCUCGCCGAAAUAUUUAGUGAGAUCAUGUCGGAGCUGUAG